UAGUUCGCACAUUCCAGUGUCGUGAGAUCGUCGUCUGGGGAGGAAUCCACUUCGAUUGGACGCCAUAAAACGACAGCAAUCAUGACGGCCGACUCGGGGCUCUCCGCUCCUGGGAGCAGUACAUACUCCUCGAAUACUCUGCACGUGGGCGAUGGAACAUGGGACUCCGAGCGCGACACCUUCCUCCUUCCCAAUCUGAUGGGGAUCAACUUUGACACUAUGCGAUAUAAUGGAAUGGGAAACCGAUUCAAAGACAUGCCCGAGUACCAUACCCUGAUCAUCGUCCAUGGUGUCAUUGCCACGAUCGUCUUCCUAUUUCUAGUACCCAUAUCCGUCCUGAUCGUUCGAUACUACUCGCGAUGGAAUCCAUACUGGGCCUUCAAGCUGCAUGUGUGGUGCCAGGUCUUGACCCUGCUGCUGAGCACCGUGGUGUUCGUAUUCGGCUGGUUUGCUGUUGGUCCGGAGAGAAGCCUGACAAACCCACACCACGGCAUUGGUCUUGCAAUAUACGUCAUGGUCAUUUUUCAGGUUCUGUGGGGAUGGCUGGUCCAUAAGUUUGAGAGGAAUAAAAGACGCUACCAUGUCCCGUUGAAGCUUGUGAUUCAUCGAUGGAUUGGCCGCGCCCUCGCCAUUCUAGGGCUUGUUCAAAUCCCGCUGGGGCUCACCUUAUACGGCUCACCCAAGGUGCUGUUCAUCCUGUACGCGAUCGCCGCUUUCAUCCUCUUAGCAACGUUCUUCGUGCUCUCGUACUUGUACGACACAGAAGGGUACCACAUGGAGGGGGGCGACCACGAAAGCCGACUCAGCUAUGUCUCGGGUCCCUCAGCUGGUCCUGAUGACCGCCGUCACAGCAGCUUCGGCCGAAUGGCUGCAGCCGGAGCUACAGGGGCUGGUCUGGCUUCGUUUUUCAGACGCCGUCCCAGGGUGGUCAAAGAGCACGAAUACGAUGAGUCCGAGACAGCCUUAUCCGACGAGAAAUAUUCCGACGAAGGGCGGCGUCGUAACGGCUGGGGCAAUACACUCCUCAAGCUAGGUGCCCUUGGUGGCGGAGCCUGGCUUGCUAAAAAGUUCCUUGAUAGGAGACGAGAUCGAGACGAUGAUACGGACUCUGGCCGGUAUAGUCGAGCUCAUACCCGCAGUGACAGUAUGACCGAGGAAAGCCUGAGUAGGCUGGAAGACGGGCGACGACCGGAGCCAACCCAACGAACCCCUCUCACUCGACCGUCGAGUAGACCUCCUAGCAGACCUCCCAGCCGGCCCCCAAGCAGACCCCCAAGCAGACCGCCCAGCCGGCCACCGAGCAGAUCACCGAGCAGGCCUCCGAUCAGGCCACCAAGCCGGACACAAAGCCCAGGUUCGUCGUACUAUUACAACAGCACCUAUCUCUCCGAACGCCCCGAGCGAAAACCGUCCCACGGCAUUCGAGACGCCCUGCUAGGCGCAGGCGCAUUCGCGGCAAUCAAGGGCUUCUUCUCUCGUCGCAAGGGGGAUGCCGAACAACGUCGUGUGGAGGAAAUGCGUCGUCGAGAGAUGGAGGACGAACGGCUGGCCCGAGCCAACAGCAAGCGAAGGUAUCCUGGAGAAGGCUAUUACCCACGACACGGGCGGGAGACCUCAUUCACUGCGACCGAUCUCUCAACCGAGAUGACACGCCCACCACGCCGUCCACACGGGGACUCUGUGCUCUCAGAAGCCCCUGCCGCAUCUGGAGCAGUCGGUGGUGCGCCACGCUCAGAUAUACCACCCCCGCCAGGUCCGCCAAUCGAGUCAGAGCUAGUAUCAGAAGCGCCACGACCAGUGCCACCCCGACAUGACCCUUCCGAGUUUGCCUCCGGGGUAGCGGCCGGGACAGCCCUAGGCGCUUCGUCCGCCCACCGUCGCAGCCGCAGCCGCAGCCGACACCGCAGUAGCAGCCGACACCGCGAACCCCUCGAAUCUCCCCCCGUCUCCGUGAAACUGAAAAUGCACAACGAUGGCCGCCAUGUCACCCUCCGGAGACUGACGGAAGAAGAAGCCGCCGCCAGCCGCGAAGCCAGACGACGAGAACGAAGAAACUCCCGUCGUCGGGCCGGAAGCGCGAGCUCACUCUCCGGCAACGAAGGCGGCUCAUAUGACAGAUGGCGCCGUGUAGAGGAACUCGAACGCCAGCAACAGGAACACAUGCAACGAGAACAAGCCGCUGCCGCUGCCGCUGCAACAUCCGCUGCUCCAUCGUCGAGUAUGCCCCCCGCAACAUACUAUGCGCCGCCACCUCCCCAAAGUGGGAGCCAACUGCCGCAUCCACCUCCUCCCCCUGUGCCCUCCAGUCAUCCAUAUGGGUCAGGGAGCAUCGCGUCCCCCGGCACGUUCACCGGAACAGAAGCCAGUGGCGACUACGCCAACAACCGUCGACGCAGGCGAGCGGAAAGAGCUCGCGCACGGCAAGACAGACAGCAGAGUGUGGAGUUUACUUGAUGAGAGUGAUAUACAUGCCAUGUCAUAUCAUAUCUUCUCUUCUCUUCUCUCGAACAAGUUUACAGCACCCAUUCUCUUCGCAUCUGUACAGCACUUAUGAUGAUGAUCUCCCAUGCAUGCGAUAUAAUCUUUCUC